CUGCCGAAGGGUAGUCGGCUUGUAAACACAAGUGGGAGAAUAACCUCCGGCGAAUUCGUAUCUCCCAACUUGAAAUAAAUAAAUCCUCGAGUAUUAAACUAACAAAUAAGAUUAACAAUGUACAGUGAAAAAUUCGACUCACCGUUUUACACUGAGGACACGGACUGCGAGGACUGCGAUCAACAGAUGUUCGAGUACGAUUACGAGUACGAGGACAUCAAUGUUGACACAUUGAGGGAUGUUUACGACAACUGCAUUGUGCCAAGUGUUUUUGAGACAGCCAAGUACUUGACUCCCUUGUUAUUAGCUUCGUUAGUCUUCAAUGUUUUGACCCAGAUUAUUCUCAUCAAAAAACUGCCACAUUAUUUAUUUCACAUGCUGUCGAUAGCCAUCGGAAUCUACACACUCCAGCAUUACGUGCCUGAAUGUUUAUAUUUAUUGCUCACCUAUGCUGUAUUAUCGUACGCCUGCCUGUGUUUACCACGAAGAUACCAAAGAGGAGGAGAAGUCUUCGUUAUUAGCCUAUUAGUUAUCUUAUACUGUGAAUACACAAUGGAGCCCUCAGCUUGGCACAAGGUUCGCAGUGUCAUGAUGAUAGCCGCGAUGAAGGCUGUGAGUGUCUCCCUCGAUAAAUCCAACAACAACGACUUUCCGAAUGUCUGGCAGUACCCAGGAUAUUUAUUCGGGGCUGCCACAUGCCUCUUCGGGCCCUGGAUCAGCUUCAAGGACUAUAUAGGAUUGUUGGAUAACGAGAGAUCGUCAUUAAGUUUGGAGUGGAUUAUUCAGAUCGUCAAGCAUUACACGGUCUCACUCGUCUUCCUGAGUGUUUCGAAUUGCUGGAGUGGGUGGCUGCUAGCUGACAGCUCAACGAAGUGGGUUCUGGCGUAUCGAGACGCAUUAUCCUUCAGGACCUCUCACUACUUCAUCUGCUAUGCCUCGUCGAGUGUUUUAUUAUUGGGAGGAUAUCCAUCGUCACUCACGACCAUUGUUAAACCUGGGGAUAUUGAAAUGCCCAGAUCGCUGGUUCAGGUCGUUGUCUCCUGGAAUAUUCCCAUGCACACGUGGCUGAAAUUAUACAUAUUUCGACCAGCAACAAAACGUAUAGGUAAAUUCAGUGCAGUGACACUGACAUACUUAACCAGUGCCCUCCUCCAUGGAUUGAACUUCCAACUGGCUGCUGUUCUCCUCAGCCUUGGCUUUUACACAUAUGUGGAGUUCCAACUGAGGAACAUUCUUGCUCAUGCAUUUGACGCGUGCAUCUCAGCGAAACGAUGCCCAACUGAGAAAUGCUGUCAUAAAAAAAAUCCUGAGAACUGUUACUGGGUCAUCGUUGCGAACCUCAGUUUUUCAGUAUUAUCGAUCUUCCAUUUAGCUUAUUUAGGACUCAUGUUCGAUACCUCGGAUAUUCAGGAGAGUGGAUACAGCUACAGCCACACGAUCGAUAAGUGGUCGCAGCUGGGAUUCGCCAGUCACUGGGUUGCGUUGGCCACUUAUGUUAUUUAUUUUUUACUCAGAUAAAUUUUAACUUCAAUUUUUUUACCGAGAAAUUAAUGCAUGUGAUCAAUUAUGAGAUUAUGGACGGGGAAUUGAGGGGAGGGAGUCUGAAUCCAUCAGACAACUGAGAAAAUUCUUGAACUAGUCUUUUGAUUGUUGAAAUUUUCGAAUUUUCUCAUCUGUCCAGUGAGGAGUUUGUGAGCAUUGUCUUUGUAUUUUUCUACUCGCAAUAGUCCUGACACCAGUCGAUUGAUAUUUAUUUCAGUCACAAAUUCAAUGUCCCAUGACAUUUUUAUAUUUUUAUAUUUGUAAAAAGAUUUUGUAAUUAAUGA